AUGCUGGCGCCGCCCGUGCUGAGCUGGUGGCCGCCGAAAUGUCCUGCAGCUUCUCAUACAGCUCUCCCUGAGCCAUUGAAGACAGAAGCCUUCGCUGUGGGCAGAAAGACCCUGUCGCUUUGCCUUGUGGCCCUCGGUGGAGGUCGAUUUCGGCGGAGCCAGCGGAGUGCCCUUCGCAGCACUGGUGCUGCCUGUGUGGUGGUGAGUGGCCUCCCAGGAUCUGGGAAAAGCACACUUUGCCGUUUGCUGUGUGCGGCAUUUGAAGCCAGUGCGUGGGUCAAUCAGGACCAGUUUUCAGGUUCUGUGAGAACAAAGGAUCUAUUUCUCAGGGCGGUCGAGAGCAGCCUUGAAGAUGCACUUCAACAGAGCACAGCCCUGGUGUGCAUCGACAAGGUGAAUCUACAAAAGGUGCACCGACGCGAGAUCUUGGAUCGAGCAGAAGAAGUUGGGUGGAAGGAGAAGGGUGGCCUUUUGCUCCUUUGCGAGCUGAGCUCCGACAUGAUGCAUUGCAAGUCGCGCAUCGAAGGGCGAGGCGUUGCCCACCGGUCCUUGUACCCGAGACAAGACUUGCAGGUGAUUCUGCAACGUCAUUCCCGUCAGUCCCAGCCGUUGGAUGAGGAGGAGCUGGAGGCCUUUCAUAAGCGAGUCACGAUCGAUGCCAAAACGGAGGCAGUGGACAAAGCCUUCCAGGUCAUCACCACACUGCGGCUUUUGGGCUGGGCCCCUCGGCUGAGGCCCUUGGGCAUCGCCCAACCUGAGGCGCAGGAGUGGGUGAAGUUCCCCAAAGUGGACCAGCGGCCAACCUUCUACUGGAAUCGUCGGACCGAGCAGUCCAGGUGGUCUUUGCCCAGCGGUUUAGAAGCCGCCUGGCAAGGUGCUCCCGACGAACACCGGCCCUUCUGA